AUGGAUAUCGACGACCUGCUGGCCGAGGUCGCCGUCGACUCGACGCCACAGGAAUCGCGCGACUUACAGGAGCUGACACGCUGCUGGGUUGCCGAGAGAGUGGCGCCCGAGAUUCUGCCGUGGCCGACAGAUCUCAUGGCAAGAGUGCUAGAGCGCAUCGCGAGACAGAUUGAACUUGUCGAAGACCAAACAGGGAAUAUGGACCCGAAGACGAACUUCACUCUCAUCAUCAUACAGACUGAACUGGAGCGAUUCAAGUUUCUUGUCCGGAGUUUUUUGAGGGCAAGGAUAAAAAAGAUCGACGCCCACCCCCUCCACAUCUCCUCCCAACAUACGUCCUCUCUCGAUACCCCAACCCCACUCCUCUCCCCCGCAGAACACCAAUACCUCACAUCCCACCAAGCUCUGCUCGCUGCCCACUACGCCUCGUCCUUCCUAUCCCAGUUUCCAGCCUCGCUACAGCGUCUCGAUGAUACCACUGGUGGCAUUAGCAUGGUAGAUAAGCCCGACGAGGACAAAGCCGUGUUUGUGCGUGCGUUGAGGGACGUGGGUGAGAUUUUUGUCGAGGGCACGGAUCGUAGGUUCGAAAUGAAGAGGGGCGAUGUAUGGGUUGUACGGUGGAGUGCGGUUCGGCAGUGGUGUGUUGGGUGUGGGACAGGGGAUGUGGAAUUGAUUUGA